UGUUGCUCCUCAGUCGUACUUCUACAGUCAGUCUGGUGGUAUGUGUCAGAGAGAGAGGUAACCUACGGUAUCUAGUGUCGCUGCGACCGGGACGGAGAAGAGUUUGCAUCCAGAGGUUUAAUGUUCGGCUCGACAUGCCACCUCACAUGGAUUACUUUUACCACGAGUCCCGAGUCCCAUCUGCGUGCGGGCUGACCCGGGAGGAUGAGCUCGAUCCCGCUGUCAUCAGCUGUAUGCUGGUCGGAGACGGAGCCGUCGGGAAGACCAGCAUGAUCAUCAGCUACACCUCCAACGGAUAUCCGACAGAGUACAAGCAGACAGGCUUUGAUGUGUUCUCCGGUCAGGUCCAAAUUGACGGAUCUCCUGUCAAAGUUCAGCUUGUGGACACUGCUGGCCAGGAGGAGUUUGAUGAAUUCCGCGCUAUGUCCUACGCCCACACGGAUGUCUUCCUCCUGUGCUUCAGCAUGGUCAACCCCACCUCGUUUCACAACAUCACCAAGAAGUGGGUACCAGAGAUCCGUUCUAACAACCCGACUGCUCCCAUCAUUCUCGUAGGGACUCAGUCCGACCGGCUGCUGGACGUAAACGUCCUCAUCAACCUGGACCGAUCCAACGUCAAGCCGAUUCUGAGCUCCCGGGCCCGGAGCAUGGCGGAGAAGAUCAGAGCCACGGAGUACAUAGAGUGCUCGUCACUCACGCAGAAGAACUUAAAGGAGGCCUUUGACUCCGCCAUCUUCGCUGCCAUAAAGAACAAAACGCGUAAAACCAAGAAGAGGAGGUUUUCUGACAGGCGAACCAAAGCGUUCUCCAGGUGUAGCUGGAAGAAGUUCUUCUGCUUCAUCUGAACUCCUUGUGAUUGUCGACCCUGUGGGUUGUGGACAGAACCUUGUUAUUUAUUUGAUUCUCCUACUUUCACUUCGAUCACAUAUUCAGUAUGUGGCAGCGUAGCACUGUUUCCUUUUUUUUUAAAAAUGAUUUGGCUUAUUUUCAGUGGGAUGCCAAAUGGGGAAACAAAAGACACGAUUGAGAGCACUGAGCUAACAUCAGCAGUGACUGCAGAGAGGAUUCUGGGUCGUUCUCACAUUGACCCGGGACAACAGUAUUGUUUACAUUACAUUUACAUGUUUGAUUUGGUUCACGUAGCCUGCGCCCCCUUGAGAGGAUAGGACGGUGUGAGCUGACACUUCAGUGUGGGGAGAUGAAGAGAUCAAGCUCGCGCAGGCACAGGGAGAGAGAAGAGAAAAGACCAGGUCUUCAUGUAAAGCUGUGAAUUUGCAUGGUGCUCUGCCUUUUAAUGUAGGCAUGUGAGAGAGAUAGAGAAACGGAAAGUGUCGGGUCUGUGUUUGAGCAGAUGGGCGUUAGCCACUUCGCUGCUGUGUUCCCACUGCCUGAC